AUGCAGUUCACCAAGAUCGCCUCCGUCCUCGCCAUGGCCGCUGCUGCCAUCGCUGCUCCCGCUCCCGGCAACUACGAGAUCGAGCCUCGCACUGGCGGUGGCAACAACCAGCCCGUCUGCGCUGCUCAGAGCCAGCAGGUUUGCUGCAGCGGUCUCCUCAACUGUGUUGUCCAGGUUCUCGGCACCGGCUGCAAGACCAGCUCUUUCUGCUGCAAGACCGAUGCCCCUACUGGCGCUCUCGUCAACGUCGCCCUCCUCAACUGUGUCGACCUUCUCUAA